AUGACGGGGAGCGAUGGCGUGGGGAAGAAGGGCUGCCCCGGGGGGGGCGGUGAGGCUGAGGGAUCGCCUUCCGCUGCAAGUUCUCCCGGCGGAGGGAAGGGCGGCUUUAGCCACGCAGGGGCUCCUGGACGGGAUGCGGCACCACGACUGCGCCCGCUCUCGCCGGGCCGGCACCUGGGGACAGCGACGGGGCGUCAGCCUGGCUCCGCCGCCGGCCACCAUCGAAACCUAAACCACGCGCUGCCGUUGCGCCAUGAGGCCACGCCACUGCCCCUGCUGCCCCCUCCCCCGGAGGACCUAGUCCCCGGAGCUCCUCAGCCCGGGGGACACUGGUGGCAGCCCGCGCUGGUAGAGACCCUCGGCCGGUCCCUCUACAUCCUUGCCACUUCAGACGCCUUUUACCAGGCACGCUCGGAACAUGCACCCACAAGACUCCUGCUGCCGAAUGCCGUGGGAAGCGCUCGCUGGAGUUUGGGGUGGGAAGGCGUCCUCCAGCAGCCCAGCUCCACAGAAGACCUGUCCUACCCUCAGCACCCCCCUUCUGCUGCAAACAUCUCGCAGAAGAAAGUGAGCGAAGCAGGCCAGGCCACCGCGGAAAAUCUGCUGUAUCAGCUGCAGGAGAAUUUUCAAGCCCUGACUGAAAAGAUAACGCUGAGAAUGGAAGAAAUGGGCGAGCGCAUUGAUGACCUCGAGAAGCAUGUUGCUGACCUGAUGACAGAGGCUGGGAUAGAAAACACUGAUGAAGAGUUGAGACUUCCCAAUGUGGCUCAGAGCACACCUCUUAAAUACAUUCACCCCGACCACAGCAGUAGUUCGUUCUCACAGCACUAA